AUGACAUCCCUGGAAAUAUUGACACUGUCAGACAACCCCUUUACCGGGAUUAUCCCAACAGAAGUUGGCCUGCUAACGCAGUUGUGGGCCUUUUGGCUUGGUGUGAAUGCUUUGUCGGGCACCAUCCCAAGUGAAUUUGGCAUGUUCAAGCAAGCUGGUGUGUUGACCUUGGAAAGUUGUGUCCUCACAGGAACGAUUCCUGCAGAGCUUGGACUGCUUACUAGUUUGAUGCAGUUGUGGCUGUUCAACAAUGAUUUGACUGGAAUAGUGCCCUUGGAACUUGGCAAUGUUCCUUUCCCUGCACCGUAUGGUCAGAUCAUUUUGCUUGGAAAUGAUUUUUCUGGAAUUAUCCCUGAGAGCUUGUGUUCUGCCUACAACCUUACUUUUGACUGCAGCAACUUGCUCUGUGGAUGUGAUUGGUGUAACUGUUCUGGGAUUGAAUCAUCACCGAUAGUGGAGGGAGAGACUACCACUGAAGAUGGCCAGUUACUGAGUGAGGCAAACCAAACUGAGGGGAACCAAACUGAAGCAUGA